AUGGGAGCCGUUCUAGGGCUAUGCUCCGCAGCUCAAUGCGCAUUAUGCUGCACUGGUACAGCUGCCAGUUGCUGCUGUAGUGCUUGCCCCUCUUGCAAGAACUCGACUUCAUCCCGUUUUAUGUAUGCCUUCAUGCUACUGGUGGGCACAGUUUUGGGUGCUAUUGCAUUAUCGCCGGGUCUUCAAGAUACGCUUAAAAAGUUACCAUUCUGUAUAAAUUCAACCUCCACAAUAAGCUCUAAGGCACUAUCUUUUUCUGGAAAUCUACAAGUAGACUGUGAAUAUGCACUCGGUUACAUGGCUGUUUAUCGCCUUUGCUUUGGACUCGCAUGUUUCUUCAUGUUGAUGGCACUAAUCAUGUUGGGCGUAAAGAGUUCACGUGAUCCACGCUCGCAUAUACAAAAUGAAUUUUGGGGAUUAAAAUUUCUAAUUUGCUUUGGAGCUGCUAUCGGUGCUAUUUUCAUACCAGAUGGCUCUUUUGGUCCGGCAAUGAUGUGGGUAGGAUUAAUAGGCGGUCUAGCCUUCAUUUUGGUACAAUUGGUGAUAAUUGUGGAUUUUGCCCACUCUAUUGCGGAGAAUUGGAUUGAAAAUGCGGAAAAUAAUAAAGGCUACUUUUAUGCUUUAGUCGGAGUUACACUAGUAAGUUAUGCCUUAUCCGUAGUAGGCAUUUCUUUGCUGUAUAUUUACUUCACGCAGUCCAGCGGUUGCGGUCUCAACAAAUUCUUCAUUUCGUUCAAUCUUAUACUUUGUCUUAUUGUGAGCAUCAUAUCGGUUUUGCCAGCUGUUCAGGAUCGUUUGCCGCACUCAGGUCUAUUGCAAAGCUCUUUAGUCACAAUCUACACCAUUUACUUGACCUGGUCUGCUGUUGCCAAUAACCCAGAGAAAGAAUGCAAUCCCGGCUUGUAUGGUGUUAUCAGUGGUGUUACAUCUGGAAAUACCACCACUGCACCACCAACACCCAACUCCAAAGUAACAUUUGACACAACAAAUAUAAUUGGUCUGGUAGUUUGGUUGUUCUGCAUUCUCUACAAUUGUAUUAGUUCGGCUGUGGAGGUUUCCAAAAUCAAUAAUGACGGCGAAACACGUGUCUUAACAGAAGCUCUCUCAGAUUCAGAAGCCGGCAAUGGUGAUGGCAAGAACGGAACCGAUAAUGAAAAUGAGGGCGUUACUUAUUCCUGGUCCAUGUUCCAUAUUGUGUUCGUUUGCGCUUCCCUCUAUGUCAUGAUGACACUCACCAAUUGGUACAAACCCAAUUCGGACAUUGAGCUCUUCAACGCCAAUGCUGCUUCGAUGUGGAUUAAAAUAAUAUCCAGUUGGCUUGGAGUUUUCAUAUACGGAUGGAGUCUGGUGGCACCUAUAAUACUAACUAAUCGUGACUUUAGCUAAAGGGUUUGACGGCAUACAAUUAAUUUCCACAAACUUAAUAGAACAAAAAGGUUCAGUACGAACUCGACGCUGUCAAGUUUAAAUUACUAUGAUUAGUCAAACAAUCAUAAGUUGAAGUCUUUACUAUCAUUACUUGUCUGUGGCUACAUAAAUAUUUGAAAUAUGUCUUUUAAUGUGAUGAUACUCCUUAUCAAAGUAUAUUAAACUCUAUAAACAGACAUUCGUACACAUAUGCAAGCGAAUGCUCUUAACCAAUAUAUUAUAUAUUCAAAAAAAUACAAGUGUACUGUAUACAUA